AGUCCAAAAUAGAGGAGGUUAUAUCCAGCUAACAUUGUUAGAACAUAUAGUGUGUAUUUUAUGGUGCGACUCUCUGCAUGGCAGGGAUUUCGAAAAAAAAAUUUAAGUCAAAGUCCAGCAGUUCUCAUAGAGAGGUGCAUGAGGGUCUGGUCUAUUAUGGCUGCUGUCAAAAAUGAAAUUAAAUUGGUCACUGUCAAAUGUCAAGUUGAAGGAAGAGUUAGACACCGAGUGUAACACAUUUGGGAAUUUUUAUUUCAGUUUUAGGUCUGAAAAUAUAUUUAUUUUUGUUCCUAUCAGGAUCAAAUUAUAAAGUUUUAUUAACAUAUAAGUUUAGAUGUCUCAAUUUUGGUCAAAUUUUAAAGAAACUUGAUCAGAACGUACUUACAGAUAGAUGAAAAAGGGUUGUUUGGGACAAGACACAAUGUCAGAAGAAAGGAAAACCUAAAAUCUGUAGAGAAAAACAUAAACCAUACCUAGGGUCUGGAAUAUCAUAUUACAAAGAAGAUGGCAAGUGGAUGUAACAGGCAUUUGUUAACACGACUGCUACAUUGUUCCCAUAGGAACACUGCAAUGAGACUUAUGUGGAGAACUUUCUCAUCUUUUAAGUUUGCUCCAUGUCUCAGUGCAGACAGUAAAACUAUUGUCACUAGAAAAUUUGCUGGCAGGAAAUGUUCAGUCUGCAAGAGCUGUCACAGUGAUUCGGCAGGGAGUUCUCCAAACACAAGUAUAGAUGACAACUGCACAGAGACAAAUGUUGACUUUGUCAGAGAGAGUCCUAGAGGACACCUAAGCCAGAAGAAACAUUCAAAAGGACGCAAAAAGUCUGGACAAAAUACAGAUCUACACAUACCUGUCCUGAAAGAUGAAGUGCUGUCUUAUCUUGGAGGAAAAUCUAGCCAGCGUUUACUGGACAUGACAUUUGGAGCAGGUGGGCAUACAAAAGCUUUGUUAGAGAGCGGACAAGGAUACCAUAUAUACACACUAGACAGGGAUCCACUUGCUUACAAAAUUGCUUGUGAACUUGCUGAACAAAGACCAGGUCAGAUAACUCCUUUACUUGGAAGAUUCUCAGAGUUACCAGCCUUGCUUGCAGCAAAAGAUGUUUCAUUUGACUCCCUAGAUGGCGCCUUGUUUGAUCUUGGCUCCUCCUCCAUGCAGUUUGACCAGUCAGAGAGAGGAUUUAGCCUUAGUAUGGAUGGCCCACUAGACAUGAGAAUGGAUGCUGAUAGGUUGCCAGACCAGCCUACAGCAGCUGAUGUUGUGAAUACUCUGGAUGAGUUAGAACUUGCCAAGAUAUUUAAGAAGUAUGGGGAAGACACAAGAUCGAAGAAGUUUGCUCAUGCUAUAGUUGAAGCGAGAUCAGCUUUUGGGAGGAUCACAGGAACAAAAGAACUUGCAGAUAUUAUACAGACAGUUUCUGGAGGAGCAUUUGGACAUGACAGUCUCGGGAGGUACAGUCAUCCAGCCACGAAGAUUUUCCAAGCUCUCCGUAUCUUUGUCAACAAUGAAAUGAAUGAACUAAAUAAUGGUAUAGAAGUGGUGCAUAAGUUUCUAAAGCCAGGCGGGAUAUGUGUAGCUAUUUCCUUCCACUCUUUAGAGGACAGAAUUGUUAAAAGACAUUUUAACACUGUGGAUAUAGACCAAAAAAUUAAUAUGUCUUUGGUUCAAAAACAUCGUCUGAUGAGUAGAUUAGCCGAUUCGAAAUCAGAGUUAGAUUCAAUGGUUAUACGCAAGUGGAAGCGGAUUAAUAAAAAGGUUACAAUGGCGACGGAUUCUGAGGUAGAAGCAAAUCCCCGUAGUCGAUCAGCCAAAUUACGAGCAGCCAUGAAACUUGAAAUUAAGUCAUGAAAAUAUCUAUAAAAAAUACUAAUACUUGAAAAUAUGUUUGUAAGAUAUUAGUAGUAAUUAAAAAAUAAGUGGUUUGA